AUGGAAACCCGUGCAAGAAGUGCCAAUAGUAGGGGCAGGCAGCCGCAAAAUGAGGCUAGCGAAACCAACAACCUCAACGGGCAGUUCAUGCAGUUCAUUGAUGCCAUUCGCAACAUGACGCCACUUGCCACACCACCAGUUGCACCUCCCCAAGAAAACCUAAGAAACAAUGCUACCUUGGUAGAGCAGUUUUGGAAGCUUCAACCUCCAGCUUUUGAGGGUGGGUUAGACCCUCUAGUAGCUGAAGAUUGGAUAGCAACAAUUGAACGGAUCUUUAAUCUCAUAGAUUGUCCAGACCCUAGGAAGGUAACUUGCGCUAUAUAUAUGUUACAACAUGGAGCAAGGCAUUGGUGGGAUUCUACUGCCAGAUCCCGACCCCAGGGACAUGUAUGGACCUGGGAUCAGUUCAAGGAACUUUUUCUUAAGAAGUAUUACCCCGCUAACAUCCGUAACCAGAAGGAAGCAGAGUUCCUCAUGUUAAAACAAGGUAGCUUGACCUUGAUUGAAUACGAAAGGAAGUUUGAUGAGCUAUCACGUUUUGCCCCAGCCUUAGUGGAUACAGAACAAAAGCGGGCAAGGCGCUUUGAACAAGGGUUGAGAGAUGAUUUACGGCAGGAAGUCGUAACUUUUGAGUUAGGCACGUAUCAUGAGAAGCGUCAUACUGGACUAUGUCUCAUGGGAACCGGCGCCUGUUACAGUUGUGGUGAAAUGGGUCAUAUUGCCAAAUUCUGUCCCAAGGGUCAAGUAAAGAAACAGCAGCAACAACCAUAUCAACAGAAGCCAGGAAAUCCCCCUAAGGGGCAAGCUAGGGUGUAUGCACUCACAGGACAGGAGGAGGAUCAGGACCGCAACGUGUUGGCAGUACUCGCUUAG